CUAUUAAAUAAAUUACAUACUACAAAUCAUGAACCCUAACCCUUCAUGUUGAAGAGGAGUUUUAAAUUUUUAUUUUAGUAUCGAUAUGACAAAUGAAAUAAUUAUAACUGCUGAUUAUACAAACACAAUUCCAAUAUAGUAAAUUCUGCCCAUUGUUUUGCUGAAAAUAAGCGUUGCUUGUUAUAAAAAGAAAAUCGUAUUAAAUGUUUGCAUUUAUUUCUAACUCCGUAUGAAUGGACCCAAAAAAAAAAAAUCAAAAAACAGGAAAUAAUAUACGCAUAUCUCAAUACGAGGGGAGGGUAAGUUUCUUUUUUUGCGUGGUGAAUUUCAUGUAUUAAUUGGAAUCCGCGCAUCAUUCUUCCUUCAAUCGAAAAAUCCCAGAAGUGAAAAAUGACAAAAUGUCUCUUUUUCACAAUUGGGACUUUUGACUUGGUGACCAAAAAAACAUAAAGGAAUUGCAUUGGGAUUUUAACGUUGCUGAUGUUGCCCCAUCCACCCGCAGUCAUCGGCGACAGAACAACGUCGGAAAUGCGACCCGCCGCCGCCAGCGCCGCCAAGAAGAAGACGCGCACCAUCUUCUCCAAGGGGCAGAUCUUCCAGCUGGAGGCCACGUUCCACGCAAAGCGCUACCUCAGCAGCUCAGAGCGGGCGGGACUGGCCGAUGCGCUGCAGCUCACAGAGACCCAGGUGAAGAUCUGGUUCCAGAACCGGCGCAACAAGCUCAAGAGGCAGCUGUCGGCAGAGGAUGACGGGCCCGUCCCGAGCGCUUACAAAGAGAGCACGCGGCUGCUUCCGAUGCCCUUCCCCAUCUUUUAUCCCGGCGCGAUUUACUUCUCCAAUACAGAAAAAGGACUUUUCGGUGCGGAUAGAUGAGUAAACCCACAUCCCAGAAGACGCAGGGAGGCAAAUUCCACUUCGACGACUUAAUCGGCCGAUGAAUUAUUGGAAUUUUGCUCAGCCAAAUAUCGGAAUUGGCCUCGAAAAAUGCCGUUCAGGCGCUACUUUUGAGUUUUCGUCAGCGCGUGGACAUCAGCAACGUUUCAGUGACUCACCACAAAACACCAAACGCUGAACGAUAUCGUAGAAACCCGAACACUAGACACAUACCGAGACAAUGAUCUUGUCCUGCAAUUUAAGUUAUUUGUAAAUUACGCCAUCUAGUGGAAGAGCAUUGUCUUGCCUGUCGCUAUACGUCACUGACAGAGUAGAAUAGAUAGAUGAACAAAUUCCGACAUAAUUUCCUGACUAAAUAAGUGAAGCUGGAUCCAGGACAAUUUUUUUUUAAACAAUCAGUCUGUGAAACUUUGUUGCUGAAUUUAUCAAUUAUGUAAUAAAACAUAAUUGUUAAACAAGACUGACUAGAAAGAAUGUUUAAAAAUGCACCAUAGGUCGGUUUUCCACACAUCUGAACGCGUGCAUGCAUUUUGUGGGGCGACGUGAGAACGAGUACACGUUUAUGUAUUUUACUGUCUUUCCCAUUUUUACACUUUUAAUGUGACGCUCCAAUUUCCUGUACAGUUCAAAUAAAGAGGUUUCAACCUGGAAUUCUCGAUUCGUCCAAUUUGAGAAAUCAAAGCAAACGGGCUAGCGUGCUAGAAGUGAUGGUGUUUUGUCGAGUAGUGGCGCGUCACAAUUUCUUGUUGUAUCGCGACUUCAUUCUCAGAACUUUCUGACUUAGUCCUCCGUUUUACAUGUGAUUUUUACCCUCUUCAUAUCAUAACGUUGUAUCCUUAUUUUUGUAACUUUACCACUUAAUUAUCGUAAUAUGACAUUUUCACAGUAAUUUAUCUUUCAGUUGCAGUAACUUCAUGUUAUGACCUUAUUCUUGUAACUUGAAGAAUUAAUUAUUGUAUAAUUCUGACAUUCUCUUGAUCAUUUGAUUGAGCUCAGGUAAACACGAAAUGUUAAAACUUUAUUCUUGUAAGUUAUCUCAAAGCAAUGCUACAAGUUUUUUUGCAAGUGUAACUGAUCGAUAUUCUCGACAUUUUUGCGUGUCAAUUUUACUCUUCAGUGCGUUGUUUGCUAACACCGCUCUUAUUUUGAAGACCCGAGCCAACGAGUGGAUCUGCCCGCGGUAUGAGGGCAGCUCGUUCAAAGUGACUGAGUGACACCGCUCUUUACAUCUUAAACAACAGCCCAUUCAUUAGGAGCCGACACUGGAUUGUGACCCGAGGGGUGGAGGAGUGGGGUGCAGCGGGGGGCGGCAUCGACCCUCUUCACAGCCUUUCAGGGGACUUUAUUGAUCCGUCGCUGAGGUGGACGAUG